AGGGGAUGGGGGGUGGGGGAUGCAAAUUUUGUGUGAGAGCCCCUCCCCCUCUCCAAGCAGCCCUGCCCGUGCGGGUUCCGUAGCCAGAAAGUCGCAGCUCUUCUCGGGGGUCCGCGUCCUGAAUCUGAAAACUGCUGCAGCGCGACCCCUAGAGGUCUGGGUGGUAGUUGCCGCGCCGGCUCGAGAGGGCAGUGCUGUUGGAGGACGUGGGAAGCCUGGAAUUCCGGGGGGGGCGGAACGCCGGGGUCAGCCCGGGGAGAACCUCCUCUGCUUCAAAGUGGCUAGGUCUGAAGGCCUCCCCAGAAGCUGUGGUGAAGGCCGCUUGUGAAGGAAGGUGGGGGUGGCUACUAAUUCAGAAUCCGUUCCACAUCCGUUCGUGGUUGCAAAGAUUGAUGGUGAAGUAGCAGAAAAGGAGGGUUGUGAAUUCUCAUUAACUGAAUAAGCUGCAUUUUUAAAGUUUUCCUAGGGGCUGUGUUAUUUGUGACCGCGAUGAGAAAUUUCGUCAGUGAUGAUCUGAUAACUGACAAACUUCACAGGCCCAAGAGCUCGAAAGACUGGUUGGAACCACAGCCACUUUAUUUGGUGGAGGAGUUUGCCCUCUACAUACAUAGUUCAAGGAUCCACCAGAGAUUUGGCCAGUAAUGUUGUGAAAUUUGUGGCAACUCCUCUAUGGCUCUCUCAUUUCAGGCAUUAGCUAAAGAAGAUAUUGAUACAGCUAUUCAAUCAAUAUUAUAUAGAGAAAAUUAUGUAAUUAAGGAACUAGAUAAGUAUUUACUACAUCAUGACUUCUUAAAUGAAAGAAGAAAAGAGGUGUUAUAUAAAAGAUGGGCUGACCAUGUGGCACAUCCUCUCCAGAAGAAAAUUAUAGAAAAAGUUUGUUCACACAAGAAGAUUAGAAAAAGGAGACAAGAAGAAUUAGAUGGUUUUUUAAAACAUGUAAAUAAAAAGGGAAAUGCAUUUAUAGAGCAUUAUGAUCCAAAAGAGUAUGAUCCUUUUUAUAUGAGCAAAGAGGACCCGAAUUUUUUUAAGGUUACCAUUCCACCAUUUCGUGACCCUUUGAAAAAGGCACAAUAUAACAAAGAUGAUGAAAAAAGAACUCUUCUUCAGUGUAAAACUGGCAAGAUAUAUACAAUGAAAGAAUUUAAAGAGACUGAAAAGGCCAAACUGCAAUCCAGAUUCCCAAGUAUUUCUAACUCAAGGCAUUUUAUGACUCCAAAUAAGUGGCUUAAGGUGCCUACAACCUACAUAGAAAGUGAAUUUUGUAAAAGGAGCAGGUUAAAAGUGAAAAUGAAUUUUAAUGAUUGUAGUUUUGAUUUGAAACCUUUGACAAGAGCUUCUCAUCCUGUGGAAUCUCAGCAAGAAAAAAAAGCAGUCAUUUACAAAAACAAAGGAUCAUCCCUUCUGGAAAAAGAACCUCUAUGUUUUCAUGAGAGAAAGAAGAAAGAGGCCAAUUCUGAAGGUCACUUCCUUGACCCUCAGCAGAAGAUAGAGAGGGAUGGGGCCCAGUAUGCGAAGGUUUUAGCAACCAAAGAGCACACACUCUGAUCCUUGGUUGGUAAGAGGACACAAAAGAAAGCUGUUCCAGAGGAAGCCGUCUGCCAGCAGGAUCUAUUCAGGGUGAGGACCAAGGAAGGGACUCAAGCACCUGCAGUAAACACUUCAUUUUUGAGUUCAGUGUUUGUAUGAUAAUUAAGAAAUCACACUACCAUGUAUUGACAGCUAUUGCAAAUGUAUUUUCCCCAGAAGUUAAAUAUUGUCUGAAAAAUCCAAUAAAAAUAAUGAUAGCUACCUUA